AUUAUUGUGUCAUCGUGUUAGCUGUGGAAAGGCCGUCGCACGGUGCCGUUUUCUUUGGAGUUUCUACGUAAAUGUUCGCGCGAAUUUCCGGAAGAUGACCGUCUAGUGAUAAAUAGUUAAACCGCUUAAGGGAUUUUAUCAAUUUUUGGUGUUAAAAACAGUAAAACCAGUGUAUUAAAUUAAAAAAAAAAAUGAUUGCGAACGGGCACGUAGUUGGCGACGGAAGCUGGGACCUAAGGGUUUUCGUUACAGAUUUACAAACUGAAAGGCAAAUCAGGGUAAAAGGAGAUGUUCACAUCGGUGGAGUUAUGCUGCGGCUGGUUGAAGACCUUGAAAUUUCAAUGGACUGGUCAGACCAUGCGCUAUGGUGGCCCAAAGAAAACAUUUGGUUAACCAGAACCAGAUCCACUCUGGACCAGUGUGGCGUCCACGCGGAUGCCCUCCUUCACUUCACACCAAUGCACAAAAAUUUGAAGGUGCAACUUCCCGAUUUAAGGUACCUUGAUAUGCGAGUAGACUUUUCAAUAAAAACAUUUUCGGCCGUGGUGCACGUAUGUAAAGAGUUAGGGAUAAGGUAUCCAGAAGAGCUAUCUUUUUGUAAACCGCUAGAACCGAAUCAUUUGAAGUACAACUACAAAGAUAUGCCCAAGAAGAAACAUCAUGAGAAUGGUGUGAAUAAGAAUGGACACUUGCCGGCAGAUACAAAUACAUUUAUAGCAAAUAGCAGCCCUGCAGGUAGUACGGGUAGUUUAGAACAUACACCGAUUAUGUGUGCUCCUGUGACUCCAUCUAGAAUGCCACCUUCAUCUACACCGAUUAGCAGUCCAGCGACAAAUGGUACUUGGAAGAAAAACGGAUUUACCCCGGACCUAAAUGGUUCUGCUAGUUAUUCGCCGAACGUGACCAACCUCAGUUUAGAAUACUUAAACGGUAGUGGAUUUGACAGCAGUUUAGCCCACACUCCGCCGACUCCUUCCCCAGAAGCCAGAAGACAUUUACUUAGGCCAAAAUCUUUGAUUGAAAAAGCCAGAAUGAAUGUUGGAUGGUUAGAUUCCUCCUUAUCAAUUAUGGAACAAGGAGUAAGGGAGCACGACACUCUAUGCCUUAAAUUCAAAUUUUACUCGUUCUACGAUCUGAAUCCCAAGUACGACGCGAUCAGGAUAAAUCAGAUAUACGAGCAGGCAAAGUGGCAAAUUUUAAACGAAGAAAUCGAUUGUACCGAGGAAGAAAUGUUAAUGUUUGCGGCGCUACAGCUUCAAAUAAACCUUCAAGCUAGUCAACCUCAGCAGCUUCAAUCGUCGAUAGAGAGUAAUGGAGCUACACCAGUUUCGCCGCUAGAUGACGACAUUGAUGCUGCCUUAAAUAACUUGCAAACCACCUUGGAAGGAUCUACUAUUAGCACUCAUGCGAAUGAUAUUACCUCCGUUCCUGAACUUAAGGACCAGCUGAGAUUCUUGAAGCCAAAACGGUUCACACUGAAAGCCUACAAAAAAUACUGGUUUACGUGUAGAGACUUGCAUUUGUACAUGUUUAAAACUCGGGAGGAUAUGGUUCAUAACAUCAAUUGCGUUAUGAACAUUAACCUUAAGGGUUGCGAGGUUACGCCGGACGUUCAUUUAAGUCAGAAUAAGUACGUUAUUAAACUGGAGGUACCAUCUACAGAUGGUAUGACUGAAAUGUAUAUAAGGUGCGACGAUGAAACUCAAUAUUCCAGAUGGAUGGCUUGUUGUCGUUUAGCAGCCAAAGGAAGAUCAUUGGCUGAUAGUUCUUACGAAACAGAGAAACAAACCAUUUUGGAUUUCUUGAAUCUCCAAAGGCGGGCUGAGCAACCAGUAAUUAACCCGAGUAGCUUGGACAUACAAGUGGAAGACUACAUUUCGCCCAAGUAUUUAAAAAAAUCAAAAGGCAAAUUGACCCAAAGGAUUUUGGAGGCCCACACAAACGUUAAAGACUUACCCUUAAUGGAAGCCAAAAUAAAUUAUAUAAAAGCGUGGCAGUUGUUGCCUGAUUUUGGCAUAACGUUGUUUGUUGUUAAGUUUAUGGAUUGUAAAAAAGAAGAGUUGUUAGGUGUGGCAUACAACAGGAUCAUGAAAAUGGACAUACAUACCGGGGAUCAUCAAAAAACGUGGCGAUUUAACACGAUGAAGGCCUGGAAUAUCAACUGGGAAAUCAAGCAUAUGAUGGUGCAAUUUGAAGAGGGCAAUAUUGUUUUUAGCAGUUUGUCAGCUGAUUGCAAGGUUGUUCAUGAAUUUAUCGGUGGUUACAUCUUUUUAUCAACCAGAUCCAAAGAUGCCAGCCAGACAUUAAAUGAAGAGCUUUUCCAUAAAUUAACAGGAGGAUGGUCAUAAUUUAAAGGAAUUGUUUCAAUAAAAGUGCCUUUAUUUGUUGUUGAGUAUUGUAUAAGAAAAAUCUGACGAAAUAUGUAACAGUGAUGAUUUACUAACCAAAUAUCGUGUUUGGUUUAUUGAUAAUGUUUAUUUGUAUAUAGAACUUAUAUUGUUAAUAAAGUGUUUUUUUGUCUUGUUUGUAGACAGGAAAAUUUAUGUCGCACAAAUGUAUGUUUAACUUAUUAAGACUAUUAAUAAUUAUUAACGCUUAAAUGAUAAAUUGCUUUAUAUAUUAAACUAUUUACCUCAUAUUUUUUGAUAUUUCAAUCUUAUGUCUUCUUUAUAUUUUUGUCACGUUUAAGAAAUAUUACUUUUACUAAAUGUGUCUUCUGUUAAAAAUACUAUACUUCUAUUAGAUGCCUUCUUAUAUUUAUAUAUAAAUAUUUUAUAAAAUUAUUGAUAUUAUGUCAUUGUAAAAUUGUUUUAUUAUUAAAGAAAUGUACUAUUAACAA